UAACCCAGAUCUUGUCGCUCCAAAUUGAAGUCUCUUCCUUACAGCUGAAAAGACCCAGAAACUCCUACCUCUCGAGAUUGGGGAGGGGGGAUCCCAGCUCUGGAGAAGGAUCAUGCUCAGUGGGAAUCCGAGGACCAGAUACCUUCUGUGGGCACUGAAAACCAGCCUACCCAUGCCUAUUUCCUGUGAUGGAUGAAUCUGACAUUAAUGUGAGUUCCGGGGAGGGUUUCACAUAUGCAGAGAAGAUUGGACUGCUCAUCUUUCUCUCUGCAGUCAUCCUAAUGGCCAUACUGGGAAACCUAUUGGUGAUGGUGGCUGUGUGCAGGGACAGACAACUCAGGAAAAUCAAAACAAAUUAUUUCAUUGUUUCCCUGGCCUUUGCGGAUUUGCUUGUUUCUGUGCUGGUCAUGCCUUUCGGUGCCAUUGAACUGGUCCAAGAUGUCUGGAUUUAUGGUGAGAUGUUUUGCCUGGUCCGAACAUCUCUAGAUGUUCUACUCACCACAGCCUCAAUAUUCCACCUGUGCUGCAUUUCACUAGACAGGUACUAUGCCAUCUGCUGCCAGCCUUUGGUCUAUAGGAACAAGAUGACCCCACUACGAAUCACCCUGAUGCUCGGAGGCUGUUGGGUAAUCCCCAUGUUUAUUUCUUUCCUCCCCAUAAUGCAACGCUGGAAUAACAUUGGCAUAAUAGACUUGAUAGAGAAGAGACAGUUUGACCAGGACUCAAACUCCACCUACUGUAUCUUCAUGGUCAACAAGCCCUAUGCUAUCACAUGCUCUGUGGUGGCCUUCUACAUCCCUUUUAUUCUGAUGGUCUUGGCCUACUACCGCAUCUACAUCACCGCCAAGGAGCAUGCCCGCCAGAUCCGGCUCCUGCAGAGGGCCGGAACUCCUGCAGAGGGUCGCCGAGAAACCCCCGAUCAACACAGCACUCAUCAUCGCAUGAAGACAGAGACCAAGGCUGCCAAGACCCUGUGCAUCAUCAUGGGCUGCUUCUGCCUCUGCUGGGCCCCAUUCUUUGUCACCAACAUCAUCGACCCAUUUGUGGGCUAUAGUGUCCCUGCCCAGCUUUGGACCACCUUCCUCUGGCUAGGCUACAUUAACUCAGGCCUCAACCCUUUCCUCUAUGCUUUCUUGAAUAAGGCAUUUCGUCGAGCUUUCCUUAUCAUUCUGUGCUGUGAUGAGGAACGUUAUCGGAGACCUUCUAUCCUGGGUCAGACAGUUCCUUGUUCUACCACUACUGUCAAUGGGUCCACGCAUGUGCUAAGGGAAGAGAGAGAGAGAGAACACCAUCGCUCUAAUGAAACAAUGCACCUGGCAACCAGCCAUCCCCCAGAGUCGAUCAAGGUUCCCCACUGUUGUGAGAGUCACAGCCGAUGACCAAGAAGCAGGAGCCCCCAGAACUAUUGGGGGAUUCCUGGGGGUUGGACACUUGCCUACUGAAGAGGCUAUGUGGCGUGAACGCACAGGCAGCCCAGGACAUCGGAAAAGAGUCUAAACUCCCUGUGGUCUGGUAGAUACCAGGAAAGGGCUCUGCUCCUUCUUUGCUUCCUGUGGCAAAAAGCACCUGCUGACUAAACAUCCUUUGAGGCCGCAGUUGUUUGUGCUGGGAGGCUAGCAAAACCAAAGGACAGUUCGGGUUGCUGAUUCCUUCUUCAGAGGAAGAUUCAAUCACAUUCCAUUUCAUAAGAAUGGCAAGUACUGGUUCCUCCUUCAGGGGACAGUUUGGGCUCUGUUGAUCUUCAGAGGCUGCUAACUUCUUCCAAGAAAGUCGCAGGCUGGCUCCAUCUCCCUGGAAAACAUUCUGAGAAGCAGUUCUAGCUAGAACUGUGAAUAGACAAAGUGAACCCAGUUUUCAGGAGCAGCCACAGCCUCGACAGAAGCUUUGGUCCAAAGGAGAACACGAGAGACCAUCCAAAUGUUAUGCAUGAUUUUUGGCUGUAGGACGUUCUGUGAUGUUUAUGCAAGCAGACCUGUCGUCUCUCUUCUCUCAGGUCUUCUGCAUUAGUGUUUUCUGGCUUUUUAAAGUUGUAGUUUGGGGGAGGGGGUUGUUGUUGUUGUUGUUGUUGUUGUUUUCUGCUUCUCUAGUUGUUGUGAUUGUUUCUUAAUAUGUCUCUCUCCUGAAGCCCCACAAAGGCAAAAUAAAGCAAC